GUGUUGUUGCGUGUGAUUAUGAUUGUGAUAUGAUGAUAAUGAAUGCGAGCACACGUGUUUUUCUUUGUUCUCUUAAAAUCUUUUGCGUUUUUCUCGUCUCUUUUGCGAUAAAUCUUUUAAAACAGCUCUUUUUAGAGCUAAAGUGAUAACCGGAAGCUUUCUGAACAUUUUGAUACCUGGUUCAACAGUAUAUCAUCAAAAUCAACCGAAAAAAGUGAAAAAAAUGGCAAGCUCACCAACCACGUUGAGUGAAGCUCUUGAUUAUUUACGAAAAUUGAUAAACAUUCAUGGCAAUACAAAAAUAACGAUCAACGAUCAUAAAGAUAAUUUUCAAAAGAUAAUUACAAUUGUGGAAGAUGCAACUUCAACAUCAAGUGACAAAUCGGAAGAAAACGAAAGACUUUGCUCUCUAUUCGAUCAACAACAAAAAGAACUGGAGAAAUCAAUCGAAGAGAAUGAACAACUGAAAGAUCUAUCAAAUCAGCAACAAAAAGAAAUAGUGAAUUUAAAAGAUGAAAUUAUUAGAGUCAAAGCUCAAAACUAUGACAAAAUUAUCGGUAAAGCAGUCAAUUCCAUCGGUACUGUUCAAACAUCGAAAUCCUAUAGUGAUAUGGUCAAAGCUAACAUCUCAGAACAAAUCAAUUCAACCCGUCGAAGCAACCACGUUGUGAUAAUCUCACCUAAAGAAGAUAGUAUAUCCAAAGAUUCGAACCAAACUGUUGCAAUAGCUAAAGAGAAAAUCAAUAUCAAGACAACAAUCGACAACGGCUUGAGAAUUGAAAAAUUCCAGCCAGCCAGCAGUAGAAAAUGUAUUAUAAAAUGCAACUCGGAGAAAGAUGUUGAAAAGAUCUGUUGUAUAUUGAAAGACGAUGAUAUGAUUCUGGCUAAAAAACCUGUCAAAAAGAACCCGCGCAUCAUGAUCGUCGGUAUAUCAAAAGACAUAUCACGAAAAGAAAUCGUCGCCUUCAUAAUAGCUCAAAAUCCUAAUGUCGCUAGUUUGCUCGAGCAAGACAAAAAAGAAUUCAUGAAAAUAAUAUUUGACAAAGAAGAUAGAGUUGGCACCAAAUUUGCUAUUCUUGAAACUUCUCCUAAAAAGAGAUUGCCUCAGCCACUAAAUACUACCAUUAUGGAUGAACCGAUCAUUAUUUUAUGCCAAAACGUCCAGCAUUCCAGAGCAGGCACUCAACAGAUACUGAUCAACGCGGAGUUGUAUAGGAGCCCUGUUCUCUGCAUACAGGAGCCCUAUACAUUCAGUGAUAGAGUUUGUGGACUAACAGGGUAUAGUGUUCUCUCUUCACCGAAUCCAAAAUCUGUGAUCGCAACCACGUUGCCUAACCUACUUCUAAUUCAACAAUUCACCACGACGAACUGUUCUUCAUCUAAAGAAAUAGCUUUCUAUAAUAGACGAUCUAAACAUCUAGAAUCAGCGUGUGAAGUCAAUGAUCUCGUUAAUUCACUAACCGACACCAUAAUUACGAUAUGUGAACGUACUCUUCCUCCAAAAAGAUCCGGAAAGCGUUCCAUCUAUUGGUUCACUGAUGAGCUCAAAGAGAAAAACCAACUAUGUAAAAGACUAAGACGAAAAUGGAAGCGUUCAAACAACCAAUUUCUCAGAGAAGUCUACCUCAAUCAAUAUAUCAUCUGUGUCAAAGAAUACAAAUUUCAACUCAUCGCUGCUAAAAAGAAAUCUAUCAGAGAAUUUUUCACCAUUCAAGACAGCUCAUCUGUAUGGAAGCAAGUGUACAAAUGGUGUAAGAGCCCAGCAAAUCUCAAUCAAAGUCUCAAAUCAAUAAAAACAGAACAUGGUUGGACUACAACACCACUAGAUACAGCGAAUCACCUGCUUAAUAAAUUCUUUCCUAAUGAUCCACCGGACAAUCAUACUCAAUCUCUUAUUUCAUCAGCCGCUCAAACUGCAUGUACAGCUCCAGACGAUGUUUUAUUCAGUUUAGAAGAAGUUAAUGACGCUAUACAAACCGAAAAUGAUAACAAAAGUCCUGGUGAAGAUGCAAUUUCGGCAAACAUUAUCAAACAUAUCAGCUAUCUUUUCCCUGAACUAUUCUUGAACAUCUUUAAUGCUUGUCUCAAAUUUGCCAUAUUUCCGGACAGAUGGAAAAUAUCUAUCGUUAAAGUCAUACCAAAACCUGGUUCAAAUCUACAAACUGCUAAAGCAUUCAGGCCGAUCAGUCUUCUUUCUGUCACCGGAAAAAUCCUAGAGAAAUUAAUAUAUAAACGUCUUCUAUUUUGGAUCUACAAACAUCCAACAGGUCUAUCCAAUCAACAAUACGGUUUUCGACCACAAAGAUCAACAGAAGAUGCGAUAAAUAUCAUCGUCUCUAAACGAAAAGAAAUCUUAAACAACAACAAAUUCGGUCUAUUUGUCUCGCUCGAUGUAGCGGGAGCUUUCGACUCGGCAUGGUGGUCGUUGAUCCUUGUCUCUCUCAAAAAAUUCGACAUUCCUAAUAAUCUUAUUGAUAUUCUCAAAAGCUACUUCACAAACAGGAAAGCAAAGUUAUCAAUUUGUGGAGAAACAUCAGAAAAAUCGCUGAGCAGAGGCUGUCCUCAAGGGGCAAAAUGUUCUCCUCUCUUAUGGAAUAUUCUAUAUGACAACCUUCUUCAACUGCGACUACCAAACGACUGCUAUAUCCAAGCAUUCGCCGAUGAUGCGUUUUUGAUUGUAUCUCAUGAAAACCUCGACAUAUGUGAAAACCGGGCUAAUAAAGCACUGGAAAAAAUAUCAAAAUGGGGUGAAGACAAUAAAAUUGAAUUCAACCCGAGCAAAACACAAGCUAUGCUUGUCACCAAGAGAAGAAAAACAAGACAAAUCGAUCUUAAGAUGAAAGGCGUUACAAUAGAUAUCGUGAAACAUAUGAAAUACCUCGGAGUUAUCAUCGAAAAUAAGAAUAAAUGGAACCAACAUCUUGAUCUCAUCUCCAACAAAACACGCAGGCUAUAUCAUCAAAUAUUAAGAACAACGGGAAAAGAAUGGGGUUUAUCUAGUGAAGUUCGUAGAACCAUCUACAUCUCAGCUAUUGAGCCAAUUCUUACCUACGCCUGUUCUUCUUGGCAAGAUGUUGAGCUUAUAUUUUGUUUUGCUCGAUUUGAAGAUAGCUAUGUUUCUAGUAAACGAUUAUCAAUAAUAAAAGGCUAUAGAACAAUCUCUACAGACGCAGCAACUGUUCUCGCUAACAUAGAACCGAUUGACUUAAAGAUUCUCUAUUGUUCCAAUAGAUAUUUUCUUAAGAAAGGGACUCCAAGCAUUGGAAAUUUCCCCAUAGCAUCAUUCCAGAUAAGAGCACCUUUCUCCUUCAGACCACAUCCUGCCAAUAACACCAACAUAUCCAUCGAAAACUGUCAAAAAUCCCAUACUAUUGACAUCUUCACAGACGGCUCGAAAAUAGCAAACCAGGUUGGCAGUGCUUUCGUGGCUAUGAGAGAAAGUGCAAUCAUUCAUACUGGGAAAAAACGCCUAGCCAACGAAUGCACUGUUUUCCAGGCCGAAUUACUGGCAAUACUAUCGGCAACACAUUGGUGCAUCGAGCAAGAUCUUGAUGCUAAAAUACACUGUGAUUCACAAGCUGCCAUUAAUGCCGUCUGCAGCAGAAACACCAGUGACAGUCUUGCAUUAAAAAUACAAAAAAGUAUUCAGAACUCCACGACUCAUAUAUGUAUCACGUGGGUUAAAGCCCAUGUCGGCAUCUUGGGCAAUGAACUGGCAGAUUCGCUAGCUAAGAAAGCUACGGAAAAUGCUUCUAUCGACUACGAACUAAUACCAACAUCACAUGGACUAAAAAUCGCAAAAAUCAAAUUAAACAAGGACUGGGACGAAAGAUGGACCACCUCUCUCAAAGGUCGGACAACAGCGUCAUUUUUCCCCACCAUCAAUGACCGAAAACAAUGCAAGUUCAUACCAAAUUAUAUCCAGACGCAAUUUUUGAGUGGUCAUGGAAAAUUCGCAACAUAUCUAAAUAAAAUGAACAUCCAGACAAGCGACCGAUGUACCUGUGGGGAACAGCAAACGGUUGAACAUGUCGUGCUUCAUUGUCCAGCAACCAUCUACGCCAGACAUUUGACGGAAUUAAGGAUGGGUCACGAGCUGAAAUCCUUGAAAAUGGACAAACGCAACCUCGAGGAGCUACUGGACUACUUCAUGCAAGCUUAUAAAAUAUUAUAGCAUGCCUUGGUUUUUGUUUCAGAUUA